AUGAGAUCCAAUUUAGCAGAAAAUGAAAAUACAGCGGAAAAUUUAAAGUUUGCAUUAGAUAAUCCUUUGUUUAGUGAUAUAAAGCUAAAAGGAAACGACGGAGAAGAAAUAAAUGCUCAUCGAAUAAUAUUAGUGGCACGUUCAGAGGUGUUUAGGCUCAUGUUAUUGAAUGAAAUGAAAGAAUCCACGCAAAAUGUGAUAGAAUUUCCAGAGUUUUCCUCGAAAACUUUACACGUUAUUCUUGAAUAUUUAUAUACCGGGAAAGUGACCGAGAAGACGUUGAAGAUAGAAAUCAUUGCUAAAGCUUUUCAUAGUGCUGAUUAUUUUUUACUUGAUCAACUAAAACUUCAAAUUACUGAGUUUGUUCUACAUGAUAUAAAGAACAAGGAAAAUAAGAUAAAUAUUUCAGCCAGGAUCCUAUCUCAACUUUUGGAAUGUAUGGAUAAUGUUAAUAAUGAUUUAGUUGAUACACUUUACAAUAUCAUUAAUUCUGCUCCAUUAAAAUCUAUUGAAUAUUGUAAUUUAAACGAUAAAGCGUUGAAUUGUGUUUUAUCAAAGAACAAAAAGGAAGAGAAUAAUCUUGAAUAUGAAUUAUUAUAUUACAUCAUAUUAUGGGCUGCGAAUAAAAUCUCGGAAGAAGCUUUAUUAUUUUAUAAGUCAUAUUUACCUUCUCCAGAAAUUAUUGAAAUAUUUAUCACUACACACGUGAAAGGGUGGAACGGUAGUUUCCUAUCUAACCCGGAAGAAUCUCAUGCUAAAUACCGGUCAACAAUGUUAUCAAUGACUUCAUCUUUACUUAAAUAUGUGGAUUUAGGACAGAUUCAUCCAUCGGUUAUUUCCGAAAUAAUUGAACCUCUUGACGGUAUAAUUGAUUCAGAUAUGUUACUAGAUACAUAUCGGAAAAAAGCUUUAUUAGCUGAAACGUAUCUUAAUAUAUUGAAGAAUGUUGCUUCAUUUCAAUGGGAUGGUCGCGCGCGUGGUAAUAAAAUGCGAUUUGAUAAAAGUCCUUUUAUUGCUUUUACGUAUUCCUCAUCACAUGAAUGGAUUAGAACAUCAUUACCAAUUAUCGAAGGUUUAUUGGAAUGGAAUAUUGUGGUUGAGGAAAUUUGUAGUUAUUUUUGGGUUGGAAUUUGUACAGAAAAUGGAUUUGACGUGGAUUACAACUCAUGGCUUGGAAAGCAAGCAUACGGAUGGGUUCUGGGUUCGAAUGGAAUAAUCUGUCAUGAUACGCAGCAAGAGAAUGGACCUUAUACAGAUAAAUAUGGAGAGGAAUUUGUAACAGAGACGACGUUGAAGGUUGAAAUCAUUGCGCAUUAUUUAACAAGCCAUGAGGAUAGAAUCAAUAUUUCUAUCUCAACUAUGGAUACUUCUAAUAAUGACGUUGAUCCAAAUUGGAAUAUGAAUUAUUUCAUUACAUUAAUCUCGGAAGACGCAUUAUCACUUUAUCAGUCAUAUUUGCCUUCUUCAGAAAUAAUUGCAAGGUUACAUGCAAAAGUGGAAGUAAUUUCCAAUAUAAUUGUAUUUCUUAACGGUAUAGUUGACUUUAAAACAUAUCGGAAACAAGCCUUAUUAGUUGAAAAGUAUUCUGGUCGAGGGCUACUCGUGGUAGAAAAUUCGCGUCCUGAUAACAGCAACACCAAUGAGUGGUCAAAACUUAUUUGA